AUGCUCCCUCCCUCUCCUGGCCAGCGCUCCAGCCUUCCCGCCCUCCCGGAGCGGGCGCACCUGCCUCCGCCCCCCGCCCCUUCUGGAGGAGUUCGUGGUGAGGCCCCAGGCUGUGGCUGGACCAGGAUCAGCAUGGAGAGUCCCCUCAGCCAGAGGACAGAGCCCCUGGGCAGCCUCCCUGUGGGGGUGAAUUCUGGGAGCUCAGAGCCGGGAGCGCAGGACCUGACUGAGGCGGGAGCAGAGCAGGAACUCAGGUGGAUCGAGCUGGGCUCUGAGGAGGCCCUGGGAGCAGGGGCAGAGGGGCCGGGCGCCCCACAGGCCGGGGGAUGCCUGCUGCAGGCCGUGUGGGGCGGCCACCCAGGCCUCGCGAUGCAGCUGCUGCGGCAGGGAGCCAGUGUGGAGGCGAGGGACAGAGCGGGAAGGACCCCUCUCCAUCUGGCGGUGCUGCGCGGCCACGUGCCCCUGGUGCGGCUCCUGCUGCAGCGCGGGGCGCCGGUGGGAGCCGUGGACCGCGCGGGGCGCACGCCGCUGCACGAGGCCCCCUGGCACGGGCACUCGCAGGUCGCCGAGCUGCUGCUGCGACGCGGAGCCCUGGCGGCGGCGCGCUCCGGGGCCGGCCUCACGCCGCUGCACUGGGCGGCCGCGCUGGGCCGCACGCUGCUGGCUGGGCUCCUGCUGGCGGCACCGGGCCCGGGCGCCGAGGUGGCGGACACGUGCGGCUGGACGGCGGCGCAUUGGGCGGCCGCAGGCGGCCGGCUGCCGGUGCUGGAGCUGCUGGCGGCGGGCGACGGCGCGGGCCUGGACGGCGCCCUGCUAGUGGCGGCCGCGGCGGGGCGCGCGGCGGCGCUGCGCCUCCUCCUGGACUGCGGCGCGCGGGUGGACGCCCGGGACAGCGCGGGGGCCACCGCGCUCAGCAUCGCCUCCGCUUCGGGCCGCCGGCAGGACAUGGAGGUGCUGCUUGACCACGGAGCCGACCCGGGCCUCCCGGACAAGCAUGGACGCGCUGCACUCCAUAGAGCGGCCGCCAGGGGGCACCUGCCUGCCGUCCAGCUGCUGGCAGCGCGGGGAGCGGAGCUGGAUGCUCGAGACUCCUUGGGCCUCACCCCCCUGCACCACGCCGCUCGGGGAGGCCACGUGGAAGUCGCCAGCCACCUCCUGGACAGAGGCGCACAGGUCAACGCAGCUGGCUGGCUCCGCAGGACACCCCUGCACCUCGCUGUGGAGCGAGGCCACCGCCCCACUGCAGAGCUCCUGCUGCGCAGGGGCGCCAGCCCCGCCCCAAGCGCCCCGUGGGGUCCGGUGGCCCAGGACCUGGUGUCCUCGGGGGGCCUGCCCCAGGCCAGGCCUGCCCUUGACUGGGAGCAGAAUGACGGCUAGGGGCACACAGCCCGGCG